GAAAGGAAAUAGAAAGAGAUAAAUAGGCAGUGGGGCGUGGUGUCUGAUUUCUUCAUCCUUCUUAUGUAUUCGUUUCUUGGAGUUGGGUUUCUUCUACAAGGAAACCUCAAUGGCAGACCAAACUACUAUUUUCACCAGAGCUCCUUUCUUUUUCUUUUCCCUUUCCUUCGCAAUUAGAGCAUGUGGAGAACUUUGGAGGGCGAUCUGACUUGCCUUGCCAUUGAUCGGUUACAGGAUCAUGAUGCCCUUUGAACAUCGAGAAACAAUGCACAAGUAUGAAGCAUCCAUGAGAUGCCUUCACAGUAAAGCAAUACCUUACAACGUGAAAUACAAUGGGAAUUUUCUGGAAGGAUUCCCAGAGCUCAAAGAUGAAAUAAGUAAACCUUCAGGAGGUGGUUUUAUUGAAGACAACUUGUUCAACAGUAUGUCCUUUGUGCCUCAUGAAGGUUAUCAUAGACCAUUUCACCAACAGGAUUUUUAUGUUAGGUCAACUUAUCAUCCUGACAUUCAAAAGGCAGAAUGGAACCACUUUUAUGCUAUUGAAAGCCAUUUCUAUCCUAUGAAUCAUGAAUACUCUGUUCCUGCUGCUGAUAAUCGAUUUCAAUAUGUGCCAUUCAGCAUGUUAUCCCAAAGUUACAGACCAGAGUUUCAAUUACAAGAGUUUCAGUAUUUUGUGGUCAUAGACUUUGAGGCAACCUGUGACAAAGAGAAGAAUCCUCAUCCACAAGAGAUCAUUGAAUUCCCAUCUGUACUGGUGAAUAGUAUGACUGGCCAGUUGGAAGACUAUUUUCAAAUAUAUGUGCGUCCUACUCACAAUCAACUUCUUAGUGAUUUCUGCAAGGAGCUAACUGGCAUUCAACAAACACAGGUAGACAAAGGUGUUCUCUUAAGUGAAGCUCUAUUUCUGCAUGAUAAAUGGCUUGAAGAGAAGGGAAUUAAACAAACCAACUUUGCUGUAGUGACAUGGUCAAAUUGGGAUUGUAGGGUAAUGUUGGAAUCUGAAUGCCGAUUCAAAAGGAUCCGGAAGCCGCCAUACUUCAACAGAUGGAUCAACUUGAAGGUCCCAUUUCAUGAGGUAUUUGGUGGGGUCAAGUGCAACCUAAAAGAAGCUGUUCAGCUGGCUGGCCUAGCAUGGGAAGGACGUGCUCACUGUGGCCUAGAUGAUGCUAAGAACACCGCCCGUCUGCUUGCCCAUCUCAUGCACCAGGGAUUCAGGUUUACCAUAACUAACUCAUUGAUGUGGCCAUCUGCAGAGCAUCCAUUGACAAUGCAACAGUACUUGGAGCGGCAAUCUGGCUUUACCCUGCAACCCCAUAGGAUGAAGCAUCAAUUCGUACCCUUUUUUCAGUUUCAUCCUGUCCAAGUUGAACACAGCAAAGAACAACGCAUGCACUGCUACUGUGGGGUGAAAAGUAGCAAGCAAAUGGUUCAGAAACCAGGACCAAAACAUGGCAGCUUCUUCUUUGGAUGUGGCAAUUGGACUGCCACUGGAGGAGCUCUUUGCCCUUAUUUUGAAUGGGCUACCCUCUGAAAAAUGAGGUUAUCCUUUUUAACUUUAUUUUCUUUUUUCCUUCCUAAAAAAUCUAAAGAGAGAGAGAGAGAGAUGUCCUAUGUGAGCAAAAUUAGUAGCGAGGUGAGGUGUAAGCCUCAAAGGGUGCCUAUCGUUGAUGGGUGCUUGGUUGUAGUAGAAGAAGAGUGAAAAGGAGAUGUUACUUGUAAAGUUGACUUCUUGUUGAUAGAAGAGAGGUUAAAAAGAAAAAAAAAGAGGAAAGAGAGAUAUAAUGCUUGCUUAGGAGAACGCUUUUGCCAUGACUGUGGUUACCUUACAUUGCAUGGUUUUAGCUUGAGUUAUUAAAUAAUAACGUGUCAUAGGGACAAUUAAAUAUCAAGAAAAUUUGCGCUCAGGAUUGCAUGUUUUCUAUGUUUCCUUGUGACAAUCUUGGCCUUUUGUGUAUGAUUCUUUUUGUGUGUGUGAUUUUUAAUGUUCAUAGAUGCUAAUAUUGGCUUUGAUUGA